UAAAUGAAUAGAAAAAAGUUAUUAUUCCCUGUAAACUUUGCUUUUGUGGUCAGCACAAUGAUAUUUUGAAAUUCAUCUAUUUUUAAGGAUAUUCGCCAUAUUUCAAGAUACUUAAGAAGCUUCUGGAAUUGUGAGAACUAUCAAGAAGUUUCUAGAAAUGUCCAGAAUUAUCUAGAACUUUCUGGGACUGUACAGAAUUGUAGGUAGCUGUAUAACUACAGUUAUAUAGGGCCACUAUAGCCCUUCCUGAGAGACGGAGAGACAUGAUCUAAUUGAUUGGGAUUGCAUAGUAAGUGGGCAACAGCCAUCACAGACAAAGGGGAAUUGACCUGGACAGACAGGUGUGAAUUCAUUCUCUAUUCAGAUUCUGAUAACGACAGUAUUCACACUUCAUCCCACACCCAUUACAGGAGGAGCUUAGGAAGGACCACUACUUUCAAAUGUAUAUAUUGUGUGUUACUCUGCUACCGGGUGAUCAGUCUUGCUCUGCUGAAUCCUCAGUACACUCUUGUACUUUGAUACUGCAUGGAAUAAAGAUUGACCAUUUUUAUCGAGUUUGGAGAGACAUCCUUUUUCCUUACAGUACACAGCAACUUAGUCAAUUUAGAUGGCAUCAAGAGGUCGCAUACAUCCGGUAGACGCAUUUUGCAAUGUAUGUGGCCAUUUUAUAAAGACGAGCGAAAAAGUACUCUGUGGAAGCAUCUGCUAAGAUGUGUGAGGCCUACAAACCAUACUUCGGCAUGCCUGUUGGUGACCAAGACAAACCAUGGGCUCCUCAUUUCACAUGUGAGCACUGCAAGAAAACUCUUGAAGGUUGGUACAGGGGAGAGAAGAGAGCCAUGCAUUUUGCUGUCCCAAGAAUUUGGCGUGAACCGACUGAUCACUCAACAAAUUGCUACUUCUGCAUGGUGGACCCUUCCAAACGUUGCACUGGCAAAAAUGCAACGCCUGUAACGUAUCCUGACAUUCCUUCAUCUAUUGCCCCAGUACCACACUGCCCUGAACUUCUGAUCAGAGACCUUGGUCUCACCAAGUCCAGCGCUGAGCUUCUGACAUCAAGGCUCAAGCAAUGGAACUUAUUAGAUGAAAGCGUCCAAGUCACAGGUCAGAGGAAGCGUCACCAAGUUUUUUCCACCUUCUUCAGUCAUCAAGACGGACUGUGCUUCUGCAACAAUGUGGCCGGUCUAUUCGAGGCUAUAGGUAUCACCUGUAACCCGAAUGAGUGGCGUCUCUUCAUAGACAGCUCAUGCAAGAGCCUCAAAGCCGUGCUGCUUCACAAUGGGAACAAGUACCCAUCUCUUCCUGUAGCUCACUCGGUGCACCUGAAAGAGGAAUACACCAGUGUCAAGAUGUUGCUAGGUGCCUUGAAGUAUGAUGAGUACGGCUGGGAAGUUAUUGGAGAUUUCAAAAUGGUGUCAUUCCUGAUGGGCCUUCAAGGUGGUUUUACUAAGUAUCCUUGCUUUAUUUGCCUUUGGGACAGCCGGGAUACUAAAGCACACUACCACAGGCGGGACUGGCCUCAGCGGACAGAGUUCACUGUGGGGAAGAACAAUGUAAAGUGGGAGCCACUGGUGGACCCACGCAAGGUGCUGAUGCCACCACUACACAUCAAGUUGGGGCUCAUAAAACAAUUUGUCAGGGCUCUAGAUAAGGAGUCGAGAGCUUUCAAUUACCUCCAAGAUCUUUUCCCUAAGCUGUCUGAAGCAAAGAUCAAAGCUGGUGUCUUCGUCGGACCACAAAUCAAGAAGAUCAUAGAGUGCAGUGAAUUUCCCAAGAAGCUGAAUAGGAAGGAGAGAGCGGCUUGGAACAGUUUUGUCGCAGUGGUUCGCGGCUUCCUAGGCAAUCAUAAAGAUGAAAACUAUGUACAACUGGUCCAGACUCUGAUAAAGAACUAUGCUGCAAUGGGCUGCAGGAUGUCACUCAAAAUCCAUAUCCUUGAUGCUCAUCUUGAUAAGUUCAAAGAGAACAUGGGAGCUUAUUCAGAGGAGCAAGGCAAGCGCUUCCACCAGGACAUUAUGAACUUUGAAUGCCGUUACCAAGGACAAUAUAACGAGAACAUGAUGGGCGACUAUAUUUGCGGAUUGAUUCGUGAAUCUGAUUUGCAGUAUAGUCGUAAAUCUCGGAAAACCACACACUUCUGAACAGUUUUUGGUAAUCUGUGUAAAUUUGCAAUGCCUAUAGUGUUCUUAGUCUGACUGUAUAAAUGAGAAGAUGCAAAAUCGUCUUUCUAUAAUAAAAAUUCAUAAUUUUCGUUGCCGUGGUCACAAAAGUGAAGUUUAUGAUGAAUGUAAGCAAUUUUUUAUUUGUUUUAGACAUAAGCAAUUGGAAUAUAACAUUAAAAAGCUGGGAACAAAACUUGUGUUACAUAAUCGAUCGUCAAUUUGUGGAAGGUUCAAACUGAACUCAGCCGAGUGAUUAAAUCUUCUCUCUAUUAAUGGGAAACUAACUCCUUUUAAUAUUCCAGCUCUUUAUUACUACAGCAGUGUACUCGUCUCUGAUUGGGUGAAGGAAUAAAGCUUUUCUGUUUUUUA